AUGUACUCAACACAAUAGAUGUCUAAAUUUCCUAGUAAUUACUCUACUCAUUACAAUACCAAUACAAGAAGAUAUGUCUCAAGUUCCAAGACUUCCCCAGUAACUGGACCUCUCCAAAAAUUUAUUGAAACUGACAAUGACACAUUUUCAAAGAGAGACAAAAAUCCUUAAGUAAUUAUAUCAUCAAAUUCAUAAGCAUCUCUUAUAAGAAAUUCUUAAUACAAACAACACAAAUAAAAUAUAGAAAUUGAUUUCUACAUUUAAUCAAAAUGAUCUCAACAUAGAUAAUCUAUCCUAAUAAGAACUACUUAAUCUAAUACUUAAAGUAUAUUAACUCAAUCUAUAUGAUGAAAUCAAUUUCAUAAAUAUCCUUUAUGAAGCAUAUACAGAUAAACAACAUAAAGAUGUUUUGAAAUAUCUCAUAUUACACUGUCAUGAAUAAUUAAUUGGUAAAACUGGAAAUGCAACAAGACUCUUAGAAAUCUAUUAAGAAAUGUUAUCCUUAAAUCCAGAUUUCACAUCAUUUUAAUUAGAGUAUUAAUUAGAUACAAUACCAGUCUCAUUCAAUCGUAUACAAUUACGUUGUAUGCUCUUACUUAAUUAAUAUGAUUUAUUACGUUCAUUGAAAGGAGCAGUAGUCUUAUUUGAAUAAUUAGAAGCCUUUAUAUUUCAAUAAUUUAAGUCAAAUGCAAUACCAACUUAAAAUGAUAUUAGUACACUUGUUAUUGCAUAUAUAUUAUUAAGUGAGUAAUUAGAAUUAUCUAAUCGUCUUGGUUUGAGUAAAUAGGCAUUAGAAAUUAUAGGAAAACCAAUAGAUUGUUCAAUUAAUGAUCUCAAAAGAAAAUUUAUCUAUAAUGCAUCAAAAUUAUCUCAAAAAUACCUAGGUCAAAUGAUUUUUGAUUAAAUCAAUGGUUUAAAUAGAAGAACGAGUCCUGAUAUAAAUCGAUCAUAAAUAGUCUCUCAGGAUACAGUUAUACAUUAAUUUCUUAUAGAUUCACUUGAUAUGUUAUACCUCAAAAAUUAUAAGGAUAUGUUUGAUAUUGAUAGAUUAAGUACUAAUCUAAUUACAUCACCUUAUAUUUUUAUAUUAAUGGAAAAGUAAUAAAGUAUUAAAUUAUUAUUUUAGAAUCUUACCUGAGAGUAAGAAAAAGGAUAAAGUUUUAACAAUUGAUGAUCAUAUUAGACCAAGUUCAGGUAAAUAAUUUUAAAUUAAAUAAAUUAAAAAUGAUCUCAAUAGUCCUAAUUAAAGUAAAUUCAAAUAAUAAAAUUUUAAUGUACUUUCUAAUAAUAAUUCAUAAACUCAAAUUAAUGUAAACACAGCUACUAAAUCUAUAACUAAUAGACCUCCUUUAAAUUAAUAAUUAUCAUCUGGUUCAUUACAUUCAUCUGGUAAACUUAAUUAAUUUGAUUCAUAAGAAUUUGAAAUAAUUUAAAAUAAAUUAGUAGUAUAAUAAAGAGAAUUAGAUGAAUUAAAAUAAUUAUAUGUUAAAUCAUCAAAUAAUAAUAAAAAAUAAGAACCAGAAAAUAAUCAAUUAGCUGAAUAAUUAAAAAAAAAAAUAGAUUUAUUAGAAAAUAAUUUAUUUUAAAUAAAAAAUGAAAAUUCAACAAAUAAAAAAGAAAAAGAAUAAAAAUAAAAUGAAGUAAUUGAAUUAAAAAGUUAAUUAUAAGAUUUAAUUAAUAAAUAAUCUUAAUUAGAGAAAUUAUUACAAUCAUAAUCUUAAUAAUAAUAAAUGAUAAUAUACUAAUAAAACCUUUUAUAAUAAUAAGCUACUUAAACAACUUAAAUUUUAAAUUAAUAAUAAUAAAGUUCUAUAACUUAAAUACCUAAUAUGAAUAUAAAAAUACCACCUAAAGAAUUAUCAAAAGAAUAACGUAUCACACCUGAUGAUGAUUUCACUUAAAUUGAUGAUACAACUCCUUAUAUUUAUAAAUAAAAUCAAAGUUAUAUCAUAUCAUUAUUUGAAAUAUUAGAUAUAAAUGUAACUUUUUCAAAAAUGUAUACUAAAUAUUAAUCAAAAUCACAAGAUGAAAACGAUUAAUGGAAUAGUGAUAUUUAGAAUAUUGCCAAUUAUAAAGUAGAAGCUUCUAUAAUAGAAACUAAAGAUGAAGGUAAAUCAAUUCUACUUAGAGCUUAUGAUGAUAAAAAUGCAUUAAUGUGUUAAGAAUAUAUAAAUUUGGAAUUACUAAAAGGUUUAAUAACAUAUGUAGAUUUUUAAGAAAUGUUACCAACUAAUCAACCUAGUAUUAAUACUACUCAUUAAUUCUUUAAAUUUUUAGUUUUACCAUAUACUGCAGUUGUUCCAGAUGAAAUAACAUAAGAGAUGAAAUUAUAAUUAUGGCCAAAACCAUAUGGAUUAUUAAAUGGAUUGACAUUAAGAAUAGAUUUUAUGGACAAAAAUUGUUUGAUUUAUAUACAUCAUAUUGAAACUGAUUAAUUUAGGAUUUCAAUUUGUGAUCCAAUUAGUAAAGAUACUUUAAGAUUAGAUUUAGAAAUGGAUUAUUCAACUAUGGAUUCUUUUUUUAAAGAUGCAAAAUCUAUUAAAGAUUAAUAUUCAUAUUUUAGUAAGACUACAUUGUUAAAAAUGACUGAAAAGACUCCAAAAUUUGGUGAUGAUGAUGUAGCUGAAGCAUUACAGGAGAGACAUUUCGAUAAAAAUAAAGUCAAAUAAAUAUAACAAUCAAUAUUAAUAAAUUAAACUUAUAUGACAGAGAAUUUGAAUUUCAAGAAUCCUUUAGAAUUUCUUAAAUAUUUAAAGACUAUAGUUAUAUAUUUUGAAUCAUUCUUAAAAUAAUUAGGAAUAUCAUUUUCAAAUGCUUUAUUUGGAUAGAAAUAUUUUAGAUGUAAAAGUUGGAAUACUGGAUCUAAGAAUUAAUUGUAAAUCAUAAUAGAAAAUUAAGAUCAAUAGGUUAUUUAAAUAUGUUUAUAAAAUUGUUUUGAAACAUUUGGACCAAACAAAACUAAAAUAAAAGCAUAAGGUUAAACUACAUUACCAUAUUCAUCAAUACAAAGAGAAUUCUCAGUUAAAUAUGAUAGAUUAACAUCAUAAGAAAAGACGGCAAUAUUUUAAUAACUAUUGUAUUCAUUCAAUCUUAAUGUUUUUGAAAAAGUCUGUGAAUAAAGUCAAGAAUAAUUUGAUAAAAAUCCUAUUAUUUAGAAUUCUUAUGAUUGUGGUUCUUAUAAAAGGUAUUUUACAUAUAUAAUCUUAUUAGAAUGAUAUUAUAUGAUAAUUCUAAAAUAUCAGUAGUUACAAUUUAAGUGAUUGGUGCAAAUAGAAGAAUGUGUGGAGUAAAGUUCUCAGUUUUUAAUGUAGAUACAACCUAAGAAAUAGGUGUUUAUUUACCUACUUCAUAAGGUGAAUGGGAUUUGAGAUCUUUGGAUAAAUAAAAGAUUAAAUCAUCUGUAGAGAAUGUUCCUUUUGCAGAGUUUUUUCUCACUUAAAUUCUUAAAUGUCCAAUUAUAUCUUAAGUAAUAAAUUUAUUAAAUCUAGAUUUUAUUUAAGAAAAUAUUAAAGGCAGACAGCAAAAGUAAUUAAAUUAAUAGUAAUGAAAUAAAUAAUAGAAAAACUUUUAUUGAAAGAGUAGAUAAUUUAAUUACGUGGUAAGAAGUAUUGGCUGCUGCUUAAAAUUGA